AUGGAAUAUGAGUGGUACGAGAGCAGAAAAACAGCAACAAUAAUUGCAGGCGGGGUAGAGUGGAGAGAUCUCAAGGAAGUGAAGAAGGAGGGAGAUUUAUUAUCCAUCGCAGCAGGAGAGAGACUGUACAGCAUACGAAUACAGCAUGACUACACUGUAGAAAAGCACAGAGUGUGGGAUGGCAAGUUGGAAGUAGUUCUGAGAAAAAAAGAGGAAAAGAAAUGGAUGAGCUUAGAGGGAGAAAGAGUGCUGGCAUUUGAAAGACAAAAAGAGGUGCCUGAAGAGAAGGAGGUGCUUUCCAACGAUCCUGUGAUGAAUAUGCUGAUGGAAGUGUACUCCAAUGCCCCAGAAGAUGCAAAGAGAGAGAUGAACAAAUCGUUCUACGAGUCCAAAGGAACAGAGCUCAGAACACACAGCGCCCCUCAUAAACACACCAAGAAGUACGAAAGAAAGUAA